UGCUCGUCAUUUGGCAAACGAUUUUGAGUCUAGCGUCAUUGCUGUCACUUGUGCUAGCCUAAAAUAAAAAUAAUUUUAAAAGCGAACGUGCAUAAAUCUAUAUAUUUUGUUAUUAAAUUCAUUUUAUAUUGAACACAGGAUCCGUUCAAUUUCACUUUUUGUUCGUCUCCUCCAACUGAUAAGAAAAAGCAAAAAAAAAGUACAAUGAAUCUAAAAAAUUCCAAGUUCUACAAACGAAUACAAACACUGCGCCAUUUCUCAAAAGAGAAAAUCCUAAAAGAACGAACCAUACGAACUAUGGCUCUGCGUGGCGUUGAGAUGGCUCUCUCGGAGUCGCAAUGUAAUCAUGAUGUGGAUGCCAGCGCCGCCGCUGCCUCUGCAUGGUCUCCACCAUUAUCGUCGACAUCACGUCGCAAAUCUCCAGCAGGCGGCGCCGCCAAAUCCAAGAUGAUAAAAAAGAAAACGGACACUUCGCCACGCACUCGGGAGAAGGGAUUCAAGCCCGUGCAGCCAGCUAGCGAUGAGGAUAACGAUGGUGCCGAGGUUAAUGGUUACAUUGAGUUGAAUAAGUGUCGCUAUCGUGUGGCAUGUUCAGGACGCGUGGAUGCAACCACAUCUCGCGCAGCUGAACCUUUGUUUGUUGAAUCGAAGAGCACCAUUUGUGUAUCCAACUCACGCUAUGCCAUGAUUGGCCGCAUCUCCAGACUGCUUGGCUAUAAGCUUGUGAAGGAAUCGAAGUUGUGGAACAUUCUGUGGUCCGAUUCAUUUCCCGGCGUUGAGCUCUUUAAGAACAUGAAACGCUUUCAACAGAUCAAUCAUUUUCCGGGCAUGAUUGAAAUAUGUCGCAAGGAUUUGCUGUCGCGUAAUCUGAAUCGCAUGCUCAAACUAUAUCCACAUGAUUACAAGAUAUUUCCCAAGACCUGGAUGCUGCCAGCAGAUUAUGGCGAUGCCAUGCAUUAUGCGCUCAAUCACAAACACACUUUCAUCCUGAAGCCGGAUUCGGGUGCCCAGGGACGCGGAAUUUGGUUGACCAACGAUUUGAAGACCAUUGGAGCCAAUGAGCGUCUGAUCUGCCAGACGUAUGUCUAUCGUCCGCUGCUUAUCGAUGGCUACAAGUUCGAUCUGCGCGUUUAUACAUUGAUCACCUCGGUGGAUCCGUUGCGAAUCUAUGUGUACAACGAGGGAUUGGCACGCUUUGCCACCAACAAGUAUGUGGAGCCCACGCCGGGCAAUGCCAACGAUCUGUACAUGCAUCUGACCAACUAUUCGGUGAACAAACGCAACUCGCAAUACGAUCUCUGCGACAACGAUGAUUGCGGCAGCAAGCGAAAGUUGAGUGCGAUCAACAACUGGAUGACCAGACACAACUAUGAUGUGGCCGAGUUCUGGUCGAAUGUGGACGAUGUCAUCAUCAAGACGGUGCUGAGUGCAUGGCCAGUGCUCAAGCAUAAUUAUCACGCUUGCUUUCCGGGUCAUGACACAAUUCAGGCUUGCUUCGAGAUCUUGGGCUUCGACAUUUUGGUGGACUGGAAACUGAAGCCUUACAUUCUCGAGGUGAAUCAUUCGCCCAGUUUUCAUACCAAUGAGCAGGUGGAUCGGGAAGUCAAGCGUCCACUUAUUCGGGACACGUUGACGCUGGUGAGCACUGUGCUGGCGGACAAGAAGCAAAUUCUGCGAGAGGAUCGGAAGCGUGUCAAGCAGCGACUCCUCAAGUCGAAGGGCGAUAGGCAAGUAACUGCAAUUAAUGCAUUUUGUCAUGAUCACAACAUUAUUAUUUACUACAGUGUGCUGCGUCCGCGACAAGUUGCCGGUGGAGUGAAACCACCGACCAAUGAAACUAAUGUUGCACCGGCUCCAAAGCCGGAAGCCGGUUCAUUGGCUCAGCAAGUGGCUUGGGAGGAGAGUCAUCUGGGAAAUUUCAGAAGGAUCAUGCCGCCACAAGAUGCCAGUCGCAUUAGCUACUACAGCAAGUUCUAUGCCCAAUCCAAUCAGGUGUCCAUCUUCCAGGAGACCGCAGCCAGCAAGAAACGUGAGGAUCUCGCACGCAAGAUGCGUCUGCAGAUCGAGGAGAAACGCGCCAAGGCCGAGCAAAUGCUUCUAGCGAGCACAAAGCGAAAGCGUCCCAUUCAACCGCGAUCCGUGCGCGAGAAGCAUCGUCAGUAUAUGUAUCGACUGAAGGAGAAUUGGAUUCCUGGUUUCGUCUCGGAGGCGGAGGAACGUUUGCGACACACCUGGCAGCAGAUGCGCUCCGAGGCCAUCAAGAAUUUGAAAAUUACCGAGAACAUCUAUGCCCUGCUCUAUGAAUUGGGUCAUCUGAGCAACACGGAUAUCACGGUCUUUCCAAGUUUGUAUCAUUGUCUUCAAAUCGGCUACGAUAUCAAAGGCGCCACAUGAACACGGAUUAUUAAUUGAUUGACGAGUAAUUGCAGUCUUAUUUAAUUAGAUGCUCUAUAUACACGUAUAUAGUGUAUGGCAUACAUUUUGUGUGUACUUUUAAAUUAA